GACGGGCAGCAAUAGCGGUUUGUCCAGGGACUGCCUUGGGCCUUUCCAGACCCGCCCUGACUUCCUCGACGGCUGCUGGAGAAGCGCCCCUCGGCAAGCGCCGGCAGCGACGAGCCCCCUCUGUCGGGCGGCGGCUCCUAGGCGAGAUGGACACCUGCCUCCCACCUACACUAACCCCGGCCAAUCUCCGCCCAGGAGGCGGCGCCGCCGCGCUCACCUGGAACGCCCCACCCAGACCUCCCUGCGCGCCACCAGGCUACGAGCCAUGGCGGACGCCGGGAGGAGACCCGGGAAGCCGCGGGAUUGGCGUCACGACCGGCCGGCGGUGGUGACGGUAGGAGAGCAGCCGUGGCCGUGGCGGCAGCAGCACCAGCAGCAGCACCGCCCCCCUCCCUCCCGAGGCACCACACUGGCCUCUUUGGACGCCCCUGCCGAGGCCCGAGGCGGAGGCGGCCUUCUGGACAAACCGCUAUGUCGCGCCCUGUGCACGGCCAGAGCCUGCUGCCAACAGCUCCAGCUCCUCCUCUGCAUGCUGAUUGUCAUCUGCAGCUCAGUCUCCUACAAUUCGACAGGUGGCUACACUGGCCUUUUCAGUCUGGGGAGCAUUUACUACUACCAAUACGGCGGGGCCUACAGUGGCCUCAGUGGAGCUGACGGGGAGAAGGCACAGCAGUUGGAUGCCCAGUUCCACCAACUCAAGGUGCCACCGGCCCAGGUGGCCAUGGCAGUUGGAGGGGCGCUGAUGGUCUUUGCCUGCUUCCAGAUUGUGGCUAGUCUCUUCCGAGUGCCCUGGCAUUGCCCAGCCUGGCUGAUAGCGGAGGCCAUUCUGGAUGUGGCCAUUGCAAUUGGUCUUGUGCCAGCUUUGUACUUCUACUACCAACGCCUUCACGAGAUCUAUGCCUCCUCUCUGUGCAAAGAGCGAGAGAACCUCUACCAGAGCAAAGGCUACAGGGGCUUUGGCUGCAGUUUGCAUGGAGCAGAGAUCGCUGUGGGCUUCUUUGCUGGGGCAGCCAUUGUGGCCUUCGCUGUUGCCGUUGUGUUGGCUGUCCGUGGCUUCAAGAUUGUCCGGACCCUCCAAGCAAAACCAUCAUCACACAGCUAUGAGCCCUAGCUUGGCCUCUGCUGCCUGAGUUGAAGGGAGAGCAGGAUGGAGCAGCAUAUUAAGCCAAGCUAAGCAGUGCCUUUGAACCAUGUACAAUGGUGGCAGUGAUCACUUUCUGUGUAAACCCUACCUUCACAGUUUUGUAAACAUUCUCCAAGCUCCUCUUUCUUUCCCAUCACACAUACCGAUGCAAAGUCUAGCAAGACUACUCCCUUAAUAUAGAACGUCACCUGUAAUGGCAAAAAGACCAACUUGGUCCCAUCACCAACCAGCACGUGCUUUCUUCCCUCUGCAUUCCUUUUUCCUUUCAGAUCAUGCCUUUAGAGUGAGAGCGUUGACCAGAGACUUUCAAUAUAUGCCUUGGGGCAAAGUGCCAUCUUGUUGGUACCCCCAGAAAAAACUCCAGUCCUCUUAUAGAAAGCAAAAUCUGUGUCUUUUUCCACCCACCCCUUCUUACAAUGCCAGAGAAAACGUUUUUCAUUCCUUCUUCCAUUCACCUCAUUGAGCUGCUUUCUUGAUGAGGAAGUUACACAUUUGCCUUGAAGGCAAAUGCUUCUACUAGAUGUUCUGUGCAGUCUUGUUUCAAAUUGUUUUCAUUAUGGAAUAUGGUACUUUUGUACAACAAAAAAAUCACUACCUUGGUAAUUCA